AUGAUUUCGCCCACGAAAACUCGUGAUUCGUGGUCCAACGAACUCUUUUCUCCAACGAACGUGACAAUCUCUUCCGAUCGAUCAUCUUGCCUAUCUCCCAAAUCUGUGGAACUCUCACCUGUGAACUUAUUCUCGGACCACUUGUUGCCCACUCCUCCUCGAUCCUUAGAUGACAAAUCAGCUGCAUCGAUACCUUACGCAUCCCAUCCGAGAGGCAGUCCAGUUUCCGCUCGUGUAGGAACACCGUCUUCGUUAUCGCAACAAUCGCGGUUCGAUUCAUCUCUGGGGUUGUUGACAAAGAGAUUUGUUGACAUUUUGAAAGAGACACCAGACAAUUCUCUGGAUCUAAACAGGGCGGCGUCCAAGUUGGGGGUACAAAAACGUCGGAUAUACGACAUAACGAAUGUUCUGGAGGGAAUAGGAUUGCUUGUGAAGCAAGGGAAGAAUCACGUCUCGUGGAAUGAUAACCCACCCGAGGCAGCGGAAGAAGCAAUCUCUCAAGUGACUGGGACUGGUGAAGGGGAAGAAAUAGGGAGCCCUCCCAAGAUAGCGAAUACGGCUUCAGUAGCGACAACUGUGGAGUUUGAAGAGAUGAAGAAGAAACUUGCGAGACUGCAAGAAGAAGAACGUAGGGUGGAUCGAUACCUGGGAUAUCUAAAGGGGCAAUCGGAAGUCUUUAAUGGAAAGAGACCUCCAACUGGGGAGCAUGCUCCAUACUUGCCACAAGGAGUAAAGAAUUAUCCGGAACAAAUGUAUGUCCGAUACCAGGACGUCACCAGUAUGCCUGCCUAUAGCUCAGAUAAUGUCAUUGGGAUUCAUUGUCCGACUGGGACAUCACUGGAAGUUCCUGAUCCACACCAAGGAAUGAAAGCUGGGGACAGAAGAUAUGAAAUGUACCUGAGCAGCAAAGAUGCCGAGGGCGAAGCCGGAGGAAAGGAAGGUGGUGCCGAACCAAUUGGAGUCUACCUUGUUCAACCAAAGGCCGAUGCACAGAAUAGUGGAAGCAUUCGUUCUCGACCUGGAGGCUUUGAAGGAUCUGCUGCGUCUCCUGGACGUGGACUACCACCACCAGCUGGGGAACCUGACAAGCAUACUUCGAGUUCGCGUGAAGCUCACCGGCCACAAUACGGUCCACCACCGGGCCGACCUGGAGAGCAUCCUUAUGCUGGUUAUGGAGGUCCUCCACCGAGGAGACCUGGCGAAUGGGGCUAUGGCCCAGGAGGUCCAAGACCACCUUAUCCUGGCCCCGAACGGGGUCAACGGAAAGGUCCUCCUAUGCCUUAUGGGCACCCUGGUGCCCAGUACAUGCCAUAUGGUGAUCCAAAUUGGGGCCCUCCACCACACCAGUCACAUGGUUACCUACAGCCUCCACCUGGUUACUAUCCACCUCCCCACAUACGGCCACCACACGAUCCAAGACAUGGCGGAGAAUCUUCGAAAGAUAGAAGAGAUCGUCCGGGAAGCAACAAGGCUUCUUCCGAUCGUCCGGGAAGUGACUCCAUGGCAAGACAAUUCCAUCCUCCACCUCACGAUGAUGAACCAAGUCCUCCUGGAGCCAAUCCCUCUCCUUUCCGACCGAGGCAACAUCACUUUCAACACGAGGUUGGAAGAACUGCAUCCGCGGGUGGCGACCACUCGCGUGAUCAGUCGUUCCGACCUCCAUCGCCAGGUCGUGAGGAUUCUCUCAUGAACAUGCCGUUGCAAUCUCCAACUGGAGCCUUUGGAUUUGGUACCCCUCCAGGUGCGCCUUCACGUAUGGACGUGCGAUCUGGUGGGAUGCAAUUUCCUAUACCCAAUUUUCCAACGGAGCGGAUUGAAUUCGGUGAUCGGUGGCGACCACCUCUUUCGAAAUCAUCGGACACUCCUCCGCAAGAGGAUUCAUCUCAUGCUCGUGGGCCACCUCGGCCCCAUCGCUAA